AUGCAGGCAGUGUUUGGGCUGUGGGUGGUCUUGGUGAUGGCCACUACGUUGGUAGUGGGAGGAGAAGUGGACGGCAGAUGGGAGAGCUUCAAGGCCAAGUACGGCAAGAGCUACCCGACCCCCCACGAGGAGGCCCACCGCCGCGCCGUGUUCCAUCGCAACGUGGCCUUCAUCGCCGCCCACCACGACCCGCUCUACACCGUGGCCAUCAACGAGUUCGCCGACCUCACCUUCGACGAGUUCUCUACGCGGAAGAUGGGACUCCUCCCUCCACCUCUCCCUUCAUCGUCGUCUUCAUCUCCAGGCGCAGCGCACCUGCUCGAAGCCGCUACGCGACUCCCUACGCAGGUCGACUGGCGGGAGAAGGGCGUCGUGACCCGCGUCAAGAACCAGCUCGACUGCGGCUCCUGCUGGGCCUUCUCUGCCGCUGGCGCCAUCGAAGGCCAGCAGGCGCUGCGGACCGGUCGGCUGGUGGACCUGUCGGAGGAGAACCUCAUCGACUGCUCGUGGGCGCAGGGCGACAUGGGCUGCGGCGGCGGGCUGCCCUCCCAGGCCUUCCAGUAUGUGAUCGACAACAAGGGCAUCGACACCGAGGCGCGGUAUCCGCUGGCGUCGGUGUGGAUCUCGGACUGCACCGCGCCCGAGCUGUGUCCGUGCACCUACAACCGGUCCGCGGGGGCGGUGGGCGCCGUCGUCGCGUCGUACACGUCCCUCCCGGCCGGCAGCGAAGCCGCCCUCGCUCACGCCCUCGCCACCGUCGGACCAAUCAGCGUGUGCAUUGAUGCCGAGCAGGGACUGCAGUUCUACUCGGGCGGCGUGUUCUCGUCGCGAUCGUGCGGCUCGGCUCGCACUGACCUCAAUCACGCCGUGCUCGCCGUAGGCUACGGCAGCGUUCCCGUGAAUGGUACGGAGGUGGAGUACUACAUCGUCAAGAACUCGUGGGGCCGGAGCUGGGGCAUGGACGGCUACGUCCUCUUCGCGCGCGGCUCCAACAUGUGCGGCAUCGCCACGCUUGCCACUUACCCCAGCGUGAUCUGA